AUGCCUAUAAAGAUAAUUUGUCAGGUUGUUGUUGACUAUCUACAGCAACAACGAAAGGCUACUAGACCAUCAAAGAAAGGUGUCAUACUGCGACGUGAUGAGAAGACACAACAGAUAGUAUUGGAGUUGCCAAAGAGUACUCCAACCAUAUUCAAUUUAGAGGAAUGUGUAUCAAAGAUAUACACCAACUUUGUCAACGAUGGCAAGUGCACAAUUGAACUACUGCUGCCAGGUGGUACUUACGCCAAUGUUCUGAUAUCGAAUGCCAAGCCAGAGGAGCUGAAACGACUGGUAGACAUUGUAAAGUCAAUACUAGUAUCGCCACAAGAUCUAUACGACAUGUCAUUGGAUGACGAGAAAGAGCAAGAAUAA